AUGGCAAGAACCAAGCAGACCGCUCGUAAAUCCACCGGAGGCAAAGCCCCCAGGAAGCAGCUGGCCACCAAGGCUGCCCGCAAGAGCGCCCCGGCCACCGGCGGCGUCAAGAAGCCUCACCGUUACAGGCCCGGCACCGUGGCUCUGCGUGAGAUCCGGCGCUACCAGAAGUCCACCGAGCUGCUCAUCCGCAAGCUGCCCUUCCAGCGCCUGGUCCGAGAGAUCGCCCAGGACUUCAAGACCGACCUGCGCUUCCAGAGCUCGGCCGUCAUGGCUCUGCAGGAGGCCUCAGAGGCUUACCUGGUCGGGCUCUUCGAGGACACCAAUCUGUGCGCCAUCCACGCCAAGAGGGUCACUAUCAUGCCCAAAGACAUCCAGCUGGCCCGCCGCAUCCGUGGAGAGAGAGCUUAGACUGGACCGUUACCCGACAACCACAACGGCUCUUUUAAGAGCCACCUACUAUACACAAAGAGAUCGGUCCUGAUUCUUUAUUACUCUACUUUCAGGCCUCUUAGACUAAGAGCACGUGAGUUAUUGAGUGUUCAAUCAAAGAAAAUUCAUCACUGAUGUGAGGAAUGAAUGGUUAUAGUACUGGGAAGAAAUCAGUCAAUCUCAUCAUAUAUCCCAGUAGAGACUCAAUCACAGUGGGAUACUUGCUUUCGGUUAUUCUGCAAUGUAUUAUGUCAUCCAUGUGGGGGCGCACUGGUCCAGGAUUAGCAUGUUCACAUGAUCAUUCUGUGGGACUUUUCUAAAGAAAUAUCCUCUCUCUCUAUCCUCUAUCUAUCUAUCCAACGAUGUUCAUUUUGUUUGUUUUUGUUUUUUCAAUCAACCAAGUAUACAUGUAAAUUAUGCCUAAGGCUAAGUUGUUAACAUAAAUAUACACCACAUCAUUUUAUUUGU